AUAAUCAAAACAAACUCGGUGUCCGACAGCGAGGCUUCCCUAGCAACUAGUGUAAAGGUUUUAAAAAACUACGGACGAACAAAGCCUAAACCUCGACCUCUCUACUACGUCACGCAUUGCAAAAUAAUUAGAGUUGUGCAGUUCAGCAAAAAUCACGUCAGAAAUUGACUAUCGGAUAACCCUAUAAGCGAAGACCGACGAAGGUAAAUAAAUAAAAAAAUAAAACAUGGCCUACUAUCAGCAAGGGUAUCAACAGCCUGGCGGCUAUCAGCAGGGCUAUCAGCCACAACAGAUGUAUCAGCAGUAUCAGCAGCCCAGCCAACAGUACGGCAACUACGGCGGAUACUUCCAGCAGAACGUGUUCUCUGUCAACGCAUGGCAGGCAUUCCAAUUCGGUUCACAAGAUGACCUGUGGCACGUGUUUAACGCUGAGAUGUCCAAGAACCCAGCAGACAUGCACAGACAGGCGAUCCAGGCCGAGGACCUGAUGAACAUCAUGAACAACUGCCAGACCAUCCGUAACUACUUCAGGAUCCACUGGAGCAGGGAGUUAUGCAGCAUCAUGUUAUCAAUGUUGGAUCGAUCCGGAGACGGGUUCAUGCAGUGGAACGAGUUCAUGGAGCUGCAGCAGUGCUUGGUGGCGUGGUUCCGUGUAUUCCAGCAGUACGACAGCGACAGGUCAGGGUUCAUUGAGGCCAACGAACUGGUCAACGUUAUCACCAACCUGUACGGUUACCGGAUCACCCCACAGGCCACGGAGACGAUCCUGAAGCGCUACUCCCGCGUGCUGCCGCGAGGGGGUGGGGAGGCGUGUCUGUGCGCCUUCGAUGAUUUCGUGUCAGUCAGCGUGAGACUCAGGGCCUACACAGACGCUUUUAGGAAAAGAGACGCCAUGUUGCAUGGCCAGGAGACGGGAAACUGCACGUUCCAGUACGAUGACUUUUUGAGGUGUGUGAUGUGUCUGUGAGGGGACCGGAAUCUGGUGAAUGCUCAUUGUGAGGGGACCGGAAUCUGGUGAAUGCUCAUUGACAAAGUUUAUUUUUCACUUUACAUACAAAUCCUACCUGUUAAUGAUGUGUUAAUUGCUAUUGUCUUAUGCGUGAUACUGAACUGGAAGUUCCCUUACCUUGUUUUCUUCAUGCAACCGUAUUUAUAGUAUACCAAACAAUAUGGUAUACCCAACAUAAUGUGAUAAAAACCAUCACUUCAAUAUAAUUUUUUUCAGUCAGCCAAACAAUUAAACACAUUUUUUACAGUAUAGUUCAUAUUCAUGCAUUGUGUGUUUGUCAUUGUUUUAACGGGUGUAUGUAUAUACAGUUUGUUGACAUAGUUCUGGAGGCGAUUUUAUUUUUGAACCUACAAUCACAAUUUUGCUUAUAUGUACUUGUACAUGGCUGUUAUAAUCUGCAUGUUUAUAUUUCUUUAUCUUUGCUUAUACAUGUAUGGUUAUGUACAUCAAUGUUUCCCCGUUCUUUUGUUCUCAAUAUUGUAUAUACUUUGUUCCAUCGAUAAAAAAACAAUACCAAAGACCACUCAAA